AAACGUGAAAUGCGGUGCGGUUGGCGGUGGUGACUGCUAGGAAAGCAAGCGAGCGAACAAGCGAGCAAGCGAGCAAGCAAGCAGGCCGAGACUGCCCUUCUGUCUCCCCCACCCCAAGCAUGCCUCGCAGAACCCAUGGCCUCCGUACAUACGGAGGAGAGUGAGGCAGCCCCAGCCGCUCCUCACGUCAUCCGCUGAGAGAGAGACGACGGGUCUCGACACGGCGAGGAGCAAUAAUUCUAACGAGCCAAGAUGGCGGCGGACACGGUGGCCCUGUCCGCGCUCACGCUCGCCAGGGGCGACAAGAUCCUCGUGACCGUCGAGUCCGCGCUACCGGACAUCAUCGUCGUGUCCUUCGUUCACGGUGCCAAGUGCUUCCAGGGCGCAUUGCUCGACGCCACCAAGAGAGGCCUACCGUGCGGCGUACAACCCCCUGAACCGGUACCGGAUCCUGAUGGCGACAAAUUGGCAACAAUCGCGGCCCGAUUCAGCUAUUUCCAAGAGAGGAAGAGCACGUUGACCGCUGCGAAAGUCGAUCUUCGUAGGAACAUCAAUCCACCGGCCAGGUACAAGAAUGCGCGGCCAACGGUCAGGUUGAGGCCGCGCCAGGUGCUUUGCAGCAAGUGUAGAUCGAUCUGCAACGAGAACAGUGAGAAUGUGGACGUCAGCAGAAAACGGAAACACGACGAGAUUCAGCAGGAACAGCAGCAGCCUCAGCAGCAGCAGGUCACGGGCCAUGGAUCCACUCGAAGAAGCGAUCGACGUUGCGGUCAGCAGCCGCAAAAAGCUUCGAGAGUACUGUUCUCCGAGUGUCAGAGCGAGAACAUUACGGUGUCAUCUCACCAAACGGCCAAAUCCUCGUCAUCCACAGCUCUCAGUCCCGAUUCGUCGAAGCUUGGACCAUCUCUCAUCCCUAAAAUUUCGAGACUGCAACCGAAUGAAAUCAACAACGCUUUACAAGCAAACGAAAAGGUUAAAAUCAGUCCAUCCUAUUGGAACAACAGAGUUGAUGAGGGCGAUUCAUCGGCUAACGCCACGGAACCAACGGAGGAACGGAUGGAAUCGACAGAUUGUGACAGCAAUCCAUCAAUGGCGUAUUGCGCCACACCCAGGAGACUUAGUAGUUCGUCCGUGGAAAGCGCUAAAAUACCGGAAGAAGAGGAGAAAAAAACAUUCGCGGCAGCUGAUUCGACGAUGAGGCCGAGAACGGGUCGUAUACCUCGAAAGAAACGAUCUGUAGGAUCUAUGGAAGAUUUGUGGGACGAGACCGUGUUUGAAGAUCCAACGAGAACAGCGAGGACCACUCCGGUGAUUAAGAUCUCUUUCGGUGCUCAAGGCGAGGGAACCGUUCUGAAGAUACCUUCCAAAAUCCAGGAUCCGGAAUAUGAGCAGGAAACUGAUGAUGCUGAGGACGUGCAGACGGAAACGGAGAGAGAUCCACUAGAAUUGCCGAGAAAUUUUGAUAAUGAUUAUGAUUAUCGUGAAGAUGGGGAAGAAGAUGGACAAGAGCAAGUGGAUCCUCAGAAGCAAGGUGUAAAGGAUGCAAGUGCUAAAGCUGCGAAACGUGCACUGAAGAAAGCUAAGAAAGAAGCCAGGAGGAAAAUGCUCGGUGGUGUUUCGCCUGCGAGAUCUCCUUGCAAUGGAUCACCAAGAUAUAAUCCUACAUAUGAUACUCUAUCAUACCACCGACGCAAACAUAAAGUGAAACAUAAAAAAAAACACAAGGAAGACCGCAAACACAAGAGUCAACAAUCGCAGCAUCAACAGCAAACAUGCUUGGAACCUGGAAGCACUGAGAAUCAACAAAAUUGGAAUGUUCUUCCUGGUAGCGAAUCGUACACAGCCAUAAAGGAGCAGUGCCUGAAGCAAAAAUUAUCCAUAUCUCUGAAGAGAUUGAAUACAAACGCUUAUGCUAGAUGUGAUUAUCCUGUGAGUAAUUCUUCGUCGGGUUGUAAGAGUCCUGGUGCCAGCAGUGAUGAACUGAGUGAACAGGAACCUGAAGUCGAUGCCGGCGAGAUUGCUCCAGACUUUCCGCCACAGUCUCAUCCUUUGAUGAUGCGUCUUGCCGCGACUCCUGUUGAACAUUGUCUUACUGCUAAUGGUAGAAGAAUGGAUGUUGGUGAUGUGGUGUGGGGAAAGAUUCAUGGAUUUCCUUGGUGGCCUGGAAAAGUCCUUAGUAUAACAGUUUCUUGUAAAGAGGAUGGUACAUCAUCUGGGCCACAAGCUCACGUCGCCUGGUACGGUUCUUCUACUAGUUCUCUUAUGUCGUGUGACCAGUUAAGUCCAUUUUUAGAAACAUUCAAGACGCGGUACAAUAAAAAGAAAAGAGGUCCAUAUAAGGAGGCGAUACGACAAGCGCAGAACGAGGCCCGAAGUCAGAUCACGCCUAACUCGACAAGCAACGUGUUAAACGUGUGUAGUUCACCGCGCGAGGUCAACGUUCUCUCCUAAGGGAAGGUGCAUAGCGUUCGACACCAUUCCUUUAACUGCCGGGUAUCUGUCGGAGAAUAGUUCUAACGACGGAUCAAAAUCGUCAUGUGUAAUAUAUAAAACAAAUUUUUGUACAUAAUUGACCUUAGCAUUAAUGGAAUAGCUCUUGAUCGGUGUUCUAAUUCAGUUCAGUCGCGUCUGCUAUCGUCGUCCACGUUAAAUAUGAUUGAACCAACAGUGAUACCGAUGCUAAAUGAAGUUUACUGCCAUCA